UUUGGAUGUGCAAUCAACAAUUCCGUUGUUGUAAGCAGGAAAGAUUCUUUGCCCCUGAUAUGUGAGAUGCAUGCGCGUUGGGACGCCGUUCGCCAUGUGCAGCCGGAACUAGUGGCGGAACCAUCAACGAUCGAGAUCUCCCUUUAUCUUUAAAUAAGAGAAGAAAAUAUGCUGACAGCACGUAUAUUUACUGUUAAUAAAUAUGCGAGAUAUGCACUUGCUCUUUGAUGUCUUCAGUGGCUAGGUAGAAUGGUUCUGAGAACUCAUCUAACCAUUACCAAGAUCUUACAUAUCUACCAUAUUUCCUUCACAUACGCUAUCUUCAUCUCUGAUUUCAUUCUCAUCACUUCCAAUAUGAUGAUUUUGGGUGGAAGGUCCCUUCAACUUGUCUAUGCACUCCUGAUUUUCCUGUAUAUGCAAACUUCUAUCGGAUUCAAUUCAACAACUGGUGAUUAUGAAAUUAGGUGCAUAGAGAGUGAAAGACAGGCGCUUCUUGCAUUUAAGCAAAGUCUAGUUGAUGAAUAUGGCAGGCUUUCUUCAUGGGGCAGUGAAGAAGAGAAAAAAGAGUGUUGCAAAUGGGAAGGAGUUCAAUGUAGUAACACAACUGGGCACGUCACUGUGCUUGAACUUUCUCAGUUAAGAGGUAAUCUUAGUCCUUCCCUAUUUGAGUUGUACCAUUUAACUUAUUUAAACCUCAGUCGAAAUGAUUUCAACUUAAGUCCUGUUCCAAAGUCAAUUGGUUCCCUCAACAAAUUACAACAUCUUGUUCUUUGUUUUUGUAAUUUAAGUGGAUCUCUUCCUAGUCAGCUUGCAAACCUCACAAGUUUGCAGUCUCUUGAUCUUAGGUAUAACAAAUUCGACAUAAAAAAUCUUGAGUGGCUUUCUCCUCUUUCUUACUUGCAAUUCCUUGAUCUGGGUGGAAAUGACCUUAGUAAGGUCAACAAUUCCUGGCUAGAGGUAAUUAAUAAGCUUCCUCGUCUAAACAUCUUAUAUCUAUAUGGAUGUAAUCUUCCAUAUGUCCUUCCUCAAUCUAUCCCCAUGAUUAAUACAUCUACUUUGCUCGCUGUCCUUGACCUAAGCUCUAAUAAUCUGAGUGCUUCCACAUUCCAAUGGUUGUCCAAAUUCAACAAGAGCCUUGUUAGUCUCAAAUUGUCUGAUAAUUCUUUUCAAGGUUUGAUUCCAGAAAAUCUUAGUUACAUGACUUCUCUGGAAACCCUAGAUCUCAAUGACAACCAAUUUGAAGGAGGGAUUCCAAAAUCCUUUGGGAACCUGUGCAAAUUAAGGUCCCUACACCUAUCUAAUAACAAUCUAGACGAAAUGCUUCCAGAACUUAUUGGUAACUUAUCUGGAUGUCAACGACUCUCCUUGGAAGGAUUAUAUUUGGAUGAAAAUAAAAUUAAGGGACCACUGCCUGAUAUGAUAAAGAACUUCUCCUCAUUGCGAUGGUUAUCUCUUUACAAUAAUCAACUAAAUGGUACUGUGCCCAAAAGUAUUGGACUCCUGUCAAAGCUUGAGUCGUUAGAAAUUUCUUCCAAUUCCUUGAAUGGGAUGAUCACUGAAUCACACUUCUCAACACUAUCUAAGCUACGGGGCUUGGACAUGUCUUUUAAUUCUUUGAGCUUCAACUUUGGCCGUGACUGGAUUCCUCCAUUCCAGUUGGAUGAGAUAGAACUUGCGUCGUGCAAGUUGGGCCCAGAGUUUCCAAGAUGGUUAAAGACCCAGAGAAACUUUUCUAACCUUGAUAUCUCUGGGAAUGGGAUUUCAGGUGGCAUCCCAAAGUGGUUUUGGAACCUAUCUUCUAGAGCAUUUCAUGUGAAUCUUUCUUCCAAUCAUCUCUAUGGAGCUUUGCCAAAUUUGUCAACUACAAAAUUUGCUGAUUCUUUUAGCCUUGGGAUAGAUUUGAGUAAAAAUAAGUUGGAGGGUCCAUUUCCAGUAUUCCCUAUUAAUGUCACAUACAUAAACCUAUCAGAAAAUACGUUUUCUGGGUCAAUUUCUUCUCUCUGUACUAUAACUAGUGGGAACCUUGUGUUCCUUGAUGUUUCGCACAAUCAACUAACUGGAAAGCUUCCUGAUUGCUUGAUGCGAUGGACAAGUCUGGUGAUUCUGAAUUUGGCUAACAAUCAUUUAUUUGGGAAAAUUCCAAGCUCUAUUGGAUAUUUGUCUCGCCUUGAAUCGUUAGGUUUGCAAAACAACAAUUUCUCAGGAGAAAUACCUCGGGCUCUAGGAAAUUGCAGUGCCUUGCAAUUUUUGGACUUGAAUUAUAAUAGCUUCUCUGGAAUAAUACCAGCUUGGAUUGGAGAAAGGCUAAGUUCACUGACUUUCCUUCUUCUGGGAUCCAAUAAUUUCAAUGGAGACAUCCCCUUGCAGCUAUGCUGGUUGACAAAUAUUGCGCUGCUAGAUCUCUCCAACAACAAUCUAUCUGGAAGUAUACCCUGGUGCAUCCAAAAUCUGACUGCAUUAGCUCAAAAGAAGAAUUCAACCGACGAUCAUAGUUUUCUUGUACGUAUUAAUGCUAGCAUCCGGUGCGAAGGCAGCUAUUCUGACAGAGCAUCUGUAAUGUGGAAAGGAAUGGAGCGAGAUUAUGGGAAUGGAAAUCUCAAGAAUCUGAGGAUCAUUGAUCUUUCAAGCAACAAAUUAACAGGAAAGAUUCCAGUCCAGAUAUCUGUUCUCUUGGAACUGCUUCAAUUGAACUUAUCAAGAAAUCAAUUGACGGGAUGGAUUCCUUCAAACAUUGGGCAGAUGAGACAGUUAGAAUCACUCGAUCUGUCACAGAACCAGCUUUCAGGUCAUCUUCCUUGGAGCAUGUCCCAAUUAAAUUUCCUCAGCACUUUGAAUCUAUCACACAACAACUUUUCAGGGAGAAUCCCAAUUUCAGCCCAAAUGCAGUCCUUUAGUGCUUCUGCAUUUGUUGGUAAUCCUUCACUCUGUGGACUUCCUCUGACACCAACUUGCCCGGAAGAUGAAAAAUCAAAGAGCAAAUCAACAGACAGUGGUGGCAAAGACAAUCAAGAAGACAGAUCUGAAUUCUGGAAAUCAUUUAAACUGGGAAUGGAACUUGGAGUGGCAAUCGGCUUUGUGGAAGUUCUGGCUAUGAAGUUUUAUCAUCCAUGGAAACAUCUCUGUUUCCUAUUGUUCAACAACGUGAGGGUCCGACUCAGCAAGUUGAAGGACCGCCUUUAUUUAUUUGUGGCAGCAGUCGGUUUGCUGGUGAGAGAGCAUGUAUCAGAUUGGGAAGAAAGCUGAAGUUGUUUGAGCCAUCAGUCUCUUCCUAGGGACCGGAAAAGGUUCAAGAUGUUUCAUGUUGCACGGAUGUCUUCUCUUUCCAUGUUAAUAAGUCCAAGCUAAGCAGGGCAUUGUUUCUUCCUUAACUUUUCAGUGUGUUUGGGUGAAAGGUCUGAUUUAUGGUAAAUAAGGCAUGUGGGAACUAGAUGAUGAUAUGGCUGCCCAGUAGGAUUAAUUAAGCAUUGUCGUUUUAUGUUAUGUUGAAGGUCGUUUCUAGUAGGGUUGGAUUAUUUAGGAGCUUUCGGUUUCAUUCUAGAGUUGUUCAGAAAUUGUUUAUCUUCUUCAUCCUCUACUAUUCUCUGUAACCCUUUUGGGAGACUGUCUGUAAUUUUUUUAUUUCAGAUUAUUAUAUUGAGGAAUAUGUUAGAAAUCUCUCUUUUAAUUUCUACUAGAUUUCCCUUGUAUUUUCUCUAGCGGAAUUUAUUGAGAGCUAAUUGGGGCUUUCUUUAUUUUUCUCACCUAUCUUUCAUUUUAUCUGUAUCAAGCGGAAAUGACUGAGAAUUUUCCUCGGGCCAUGGGCGUUGGGCAUGGACCAAUACUUCUUGUGUACUGGUUGGUUGAUAAGUGGGCUAUGUAACUAAUCAAGUUCAAAUCUCAUGGACUGUCAUUUAUUCCGAUUUUUGGGGCCCAAUCCUUGUGGUCUCAAUCAAAAUAAUUAGUUGCAAGCUUCAUCUGUUCAAGAGCAGCCCAAGCCCGUUA